UUCUCAAGUGACAAACAUUUUUUAACUGUUCCGAUAACUGUUUUCAUAAAUUCGUCAAGUAAUCGUUUAAGUUUGAAGAAUAAUGGGUCAGAAUCAAUCAUCAGGUGGGCCUGGUGGUAGUGGUGCAGGUGGUGACAAGAAAGAUGACAAAAAAAAGAAGAAGUAUGAGCCUCCAGUGCCUACUCGAGUUGGGAAGAAGAAGAAGAGGACUAAGGGGCCUGAAGCUGCAAGCAAAUUACCAUUAGUUACUCCACAUACGAGAUGUCGUCUAAAACUUUUAAAAUUGGAACGAAUUAAGGAUUAUUUAUUGAUGGAAGAAGAAUUCUUGAGAAACCAAGAGCGAUUGAAGCCUCAGGAGGAGAAACAUGAGGAAGAACGAUCUAAAGUUGAUGACUUAAGAGGGACACCUAUGUCUGUGGGAACUUUGGAAGAAAUCAUUGAUGAUAAUCAUGCCAUCGUCUCAACUUCUGUAGGAAGUGAACAUUAUGUUAGCAUUUUAUCAUUUGUGGAUAAGGAUCAGUUAGAACCUGGUUGUUCAGUUCUUCUCAACCAUAAGGUACAUGCAGUUGUAGGAGUUUUGUCUGAUGAUACAGAUCCUAUGGUUACUGUGAUGAAGUUGGAAAAAGCUCCACAAGAAACUUAUGCUGAUAUUGGUGGUCUGGACCAACAAAUCCAAGAAAUAAAAGAAUCUGUGGAAUUGCCCCUUACUCAUCCAGAAUAUUAUGAAGAAAUGGGUAUUAAACCACCAAAAGGAGUUAUUCUGUAUGGCCCCCCUGGAACUGGAAAGACACUUCUUGCUAAAGCUGUUGCUAAUCAAACAUCUGCUACAUUUUUAAGAGUCGUUGGUUCAGAAUUGAUACAAAAGUAUUUGGGUGAUGGUCCAAAAUUAGUUAGAGAACUGUUUCGAGUUGCUGAAGAACAUGCUCCAUCCAUUGUUUUUAUUGAUGAAAUAGAUGCUGUUGGUACUAAAAGGUAUGAUUCAAAUUCUGGUGGUGAAAGAGAAAUUCAAAGAACUAUGCUCGAAUUACUUAAUCAGCUUGAUGGGUUCGAUUCAAGAGGUGAUGUUAAGGUUGUUAUGGCAACCAACAGAAUUGAAACUCUUGAUCCUGCUCUGAUUAGACCAGGUCGUAUAGACAGAAAAAUAGAAUUUCCUCUACCUGAUGAAAAAACUAAGAGAAGAAUUUUUCUUAUCCACACUGCUCGUAUGACAUUAGCUGAAGAUGUCAAUAUUGAUGAUCUUGUCAUGGCUAAAGAUGAUCUUUCUGGUGCAGAUAUCAAAGCAAUUUGCACUGAAGCUGGUUUAAUGGCUCUCCGAGAGAGAAGGAUGAAAGUAACUAAUGAGGACUUUAGAAAAUCUAAAGAAAAUGUUCUGUAUCGAAAGAAAGAAGGAACUCCUGAAGGAUUAUAUUUAUAAAUUGGUUUCUUUUUAUGUAGCUUUCUCUCUUGAUAAUAAAAUUAUGGUCUUUUUGUAACAAAA